CAGCGGCCAUUUUAUUUUCUCCCAACUUCUCCCACACUCGGCCAGACGGUGACAGCGCGGCCCGGGGUCGGUGACUCUGGAGGGCGCUUAUAUCACCCCGUGCCGCAGGCGGAGUUCAGGUCUCCUGCCCAUCAGUAAUUCUGUGGUUGUGUUUACACUGAGCACCGUGGUCUGAAAUCGUCCAACACAACUAGCGGGCACGGCCUCUGGCUUCCAUCCGCUGCGUAAAUGCGGUACGGACCUAAAAUGAUGCCGAUGUUCCUCACGGUUUAUCUGAGCAACAACGAACAACAUUUUACAGAGGUGCCGGUCACCCCCGAGACCACUUGCAGAGAGGUGGUGGAGCUUUGCAAGGAGCCGGGCGAGACGGAGUGCCAUUUAUCCGAAGUGUGGCGAGGCACAGAGCGCCCUGUAGCGGAUAACGAGCGGAUGUACGAUGUUCUGCAUAAGUAUGGGACACAGCGGAAUGAGGCGCGGUUCUACUUGCGUCACGAGCGUCCUCCUUCUAGAGACUCUGGGAAUGCUCAGAGAAGCCAUGACCCCAAUGUAAAGUGGAAUGGGGUGAAGGCCCCCGCUGACAGGAGGAUAGAAAAUGGGCAGGUUAAUAGCCCCCGGAUGGACAUGACGCUGGCGGAACUGCAGGAGAUGGCAGCGCGGCAACAGCAGCAGAUUGAGACGCAACAACUAAUGCUGGCCACUAAGGAGCAGCGGCUGAAGUACCUGAAGCAGCAGGACCAGCGACAGCAGCAGGCUAGUGAGCAGGACAAGCUGAAGCGGCUGCGGGAGAUUGCGGAGAACCAAGAGGCCAAGCUGAAGAAAGUGCGAGCGCUGAAGGGUCACGUGGAGCAGAAGAGGCUCAGCAACGGCCGAUUAGUGGAGGAAAUCGAGCAGAUGAAUAACUUGUUCCAGCAGAAGCAGAAAGAGCUGAUGGUGGCCGUGUCCAAAGUUGAGGAGCUGAACCGCCAGCUGGAGAUGCUGAAGAACGGUCGCAUUGAGGGCUAUCAUGACAACCAGUCCGCUGUAGCUGAACUUGACCGCUUGUACAAAGAGCUCCAGCUGAGGAACAAGCUGAACCAGGAGCAGAAUGCCAAGCUGCAGCAGCGCAGGGAGAGCCUGAACAAGCGCAACUCCGAGGUGGCCGCCAUGGACAAGCGCGUCAGCGAGCUGCGAGACCGGCUGUGGAAGAAGAAGGUGGCCCUGCAGCAGAAGGAGAACGUUCCAAUUACAUCUGAUGGGAAUCUACCUCAGCAGGUAGCGAGUACCCCCAGCAGGGUGGCAGCUGUCGGCCCUUACAUCCAGUCUGCCACAAUGCCCCGCAUGCCGUCCCGACCAGAGCUGCUGGUGAAACCACCCUACUCCGAGGGCACCGUCACUUUACAAGUACCUGAAGUUCCUCUGAAGUCACAAACCUUGCCUAACAUGAAGACCACAUCCCAAGGCACGGCGGUCCACACGCACAAACCUCAGCCGCCUGGCACUGAUUGGAGCACCGCCAAUGGCGAUAGUCAAGGACCAGCAAACAGCUCUGUCAGCGCCGCCGGGCAGGCUGCAAACACUGAUCCCUCUGUGCGGGACAAGGAUAAGAAGACCCGACCGAGCUCCAUGUUUGACUCCGUCCAGCCACCUCCAGGGCCCCCCAAUUUUGGAACGUUAAGAAAAAAUCAGAGCAGUGAAGAUCUUCUGAGAGAUGUCCAGAUGGCUAAUAAAAACGUGGUAAAGGUCCCCCCACCAGUACCUUCAAAACCGAAACAGAUGCACCUGCCUUACUAUGGACAAGCCCCCCAGGCUCCUCCUGCCGAAGCAAAGGCUGAGGUCCCGCCUAAGGUGAACAAACAGAAGGGCGCAUCUCAGCAGAGGGUACCUGCACCCCCUAGUCAGGAACUUCCCCCGCCUGCCAAAAUGGACAAUCCACCUGCCGUAGCUGUUCGUCCGUUCACACCUCAGCCAGCCAAAGAACCACCGCCUCCACCGUUCCGCAAACCCCAGAUGGUGGCCGCUAGUUCUAUAUAUUCCAUGUACACCCAACAUCAAACAUCUGGGAAAAACUACAGCGUGCACAACGCCCUGAACAGAGCCCAGACCCGACAACAUUACCCCAGCGUAUACGGUAAACCAGUCAUUGGCGGAGCGGGAGGUCAGAACCAGCACAACGGCAAUCUGCUGACAGACGUAGUAGAUGGACAUAGUAAAUCGGGCAGCCCGGAGCCAGAGUCCGAGGUGCCGGUGUCUGGUGGUGACAACCCGGAGACUGAAAGAAUCCCCCGUCCUCUUAGUCCAACCAAACUCCUUCCAUUCUUAUCCAAUCCUUACCGAAACCAGAGCGAUGCCGACUUGGAGGCUCUCCGAAAGAAACUUUACAACGCCCCUAGGCCGCUAAAGAAACGCAGCUCCAUCACAGAACCUGAAGGACCCAAUGGGCCGAACAUUCAGAAGCUCCUCUACCAGAGGACGACUCUGGCUGCGAUGGAGACCAUCUCUGCCCCUAAACAGACCUCUGUGACCUCUAUCUCUGAGAGCACGGCGGAGAGCCAAGGUGCACAGGUCUCUGUGGACCUAGAGACUGAGGCUCCCUCAGAAAGUGCUUCCACUCUACAUGUCCUGGACAUUGUCCCACCUGAGGAGGUGGAGGAGGAGGAGGUUCAUGCAACUAUGUUUCCUGAGGAAAUAGAGAUCCUUUCACCAGAGCUAGGCCCUGAUAGUAUCCCAGAGGGCAUUCCUUUCGAAGUGCUUGUGCCUACAAUUGAGGAGACUGAGCAGAGUCCAGAAUCGGAACAGCCGUCUCUACCCUAUAUCGAGGAGUACCCACCUUACCCUCCACCUCCGUAUCCCACUGCUGGAGACCCGGAGAGUAUAGCGGAGGAUUCCAAUAGCAUGCGGCCUCCGGAGAUCACCGGACAGUUCUCUCUGCCCCCUGGGAAACGGACAAACCUGCGGAAGAACGGCUCGGAGCGGAUCGCGCAUGAGAUGAGAGUGAGGUUUAACCCGCUCGCCCUGCUCCUGGAUUCCUCAUUGGAGGGAGAGUUUGACCUCGUCCAGAGAAUAAUCUAUGAAGUGGAAGAUCCCAGUCAGCCCAAUGAUGAGGGUAUCACUGCCCUUCACAACGCCGUGUGCGCCGGUCACACCGAGAUCGUUAAGUUCCUGGUGCAGUUUGGAGUGAAUGUGAACGCAGCAGACAGCGACGGCUGGACCCCGCUGCACUGCGCUGCCUCCUGUAACAACGUGCAGGUCUGCAAGUUCCUGGUGGAGUCCGGGGCGGCUGUCUUUGCCAUGACGUACAGCGACCGACAGACAGCUGCCGACAAAUGCGAGGAGAUGGAGGAAGGUUACAGCCAGUGCUCCCAGUUUCUCUACGGCGUGCAGGAGAAAAUGGGGAUCAUGAACCGCGGCGUUAUCUACGCUCUGUGGGACUACGAGCCGGAGGAUGACGACGAGCUGAGCCUGAGGGAAGGGGACUGUAUGACCAUUAUGCGCAGGGAGGACGAGGAUGAAACCGAAUGGUGGUGGGCUCGCCUACAAGACAAGGAAGGAUACGUCCCACGCAACCUGCUCGGGCUCUACCCAAGAAUUAAACAAAGACAAAGAACUUUGGCGUAAAUCCUGGUUUGGGAAGAGCGGCUGGUGAGAAGCAGCAGUUCGGCCUUCCCAGAAACACCUAGAACGUAGUGUCGUGAGGAAACAAAGUACGUUUGCCAAACUAAUGAAGGACUGCGGCAGUCACUGCAUCUGCACAUAUAUACACAAACCAUGUAUUGGAUUACCGCUGCUGAACGGACUCGCAACAGCGCCUGCGUCUGUAAACUGUCCUAAACGGCCACUGACGCACGACGCCACCUGCGCAGCCUUUACAUUCAUCAUCCGUUAGUGACUGGGGCUCAUUCCUAGAUCUGCGCCCUUGGACAUUCCUGCGUCGGAGUAGAGCCCGGAGGCUGUUUCUCCAUCGGUCCGCGUAUGGACCACUUUCUAUGAAUGUUGACUCAUGAGUCAUUUUAUUUUUGUGAUCACUAAUACGAAGCGUAUACAUUUUUGUGGCCAUCUAGAUAUUUUUAGUAUUUUACUAAAACAUUGUUUUAUAUUUAUAUUUUUCCUUAUUUUAAAAAAAAAUAUGUAGCUUAGAACUACUGUGUAAACUUGAAAGGAAAAGAGAUUUUAAUAAAAAACUUCAAGUUGUGAUGUGUAAAA